AUGCCUGACACAGCCGUUACAUCGUCACCUACAACAGCUGCACAUUCGUCACCCGUCUAUGGAGGAUUAGAAGGUCCCGAAUCGGUGUAUUUAAAGUUGAUAUCUAGUGACAAUCAUGAAUUUGUUGUUCGACGCGAUUUUGCUAUAAAUGCAUCACCAACAAUUAAAAAUAUGUUAUCCGGUCCUGGACAAUAUUCAGAAUCACAAAUGAAUGAAAUAUAUCUAAAAGAUAUACCAUCACAUGUACUUAUUCAUGUUUGUCGCUAUUUUGCUUAUAAAUCAAAAUAUACAAAUUCAUCUAUUGAUAUACCAGAAUUUCCUAUCGAAAUACCAGUUGUUUUAGAAUUAUUAGUAGCAUCAGACUUUCUAGAUUGUUAG